UGCCGGUGUCGCGGUGCACCUACACAGACCUAUACUUGCUUUACUCUGUGCAUGUCAGCUGCCUGCUGUGUCCUCUUAUUCGAUAUGAAACAAAACCAUCAAGGGAAUCUUCCAUACGCGCUGUGUGCUCAUCUCUUUGAAGCGCGAGGCACAACAACGAUCCUGUUGCCAUUGCCCAAACACGCAGAAUACUCCGGCAUUUAGGUCACUCGAGGCGCGCUAUAAAACAAGCGGGCUUGGGAAAGAUGCCCCAGAUAUUCUACCGAGAAGAGACGCUCCCAAGAUGGCGAUGCUGCUCGCUCCGUACAACGACGCGAUGCGUCUAGGCAUGGGCUUCAACUCCUUCACUCAGCAGCUGUGUAUCAACGACUCAGUCCGUCUGGAGGGCGGUCAAGGUCAACCCGCAUCAGAAAAGAAUCUGCGGCCUCAAUACAAAUUUGGCCAGAUGUCUGGUGCAGAUGGUGGAAACGUCGAUAUUAGUCAGGAUGUCACCUGGACCGCCAAGUUUGUCGAUAGGAUCUCUGAGAUCACGGACAGCUUGAAUGUCGGUGGUUCUCUUCAAAUCAAAUGCGAUGCGAUUGGAGGCGGUGGGUCGGCGUCGGCGUCGUUUAUCGACACGAACAAGUUCAAGGAGUCGGACAUCAACUACUUCAUACAAGUGCGGGUGACGAACCAGCGUCUAACAGCGCCUGACUUGACGGAUUUCGACCCCAUCCCCAAUCUCCCAGCAUCCGAGUUCAAUCGGGUGUACGGUGACUCAUUCAUCUCCGGGUUCACUGAGGGCGGCGAAUUCAAUGCCUUGAUCUCGAUCAAGCUCAAGGACCGCUCAAAGGCCAAGGAAAUCAAGGGUGAGCUCGAGGUGGGCCUCAACUUCUCCGCCGUCUCUGUUUCGGGGAAAGGGAAGGUGGAGAAGACGGACGGGAGCAGAGACAUGCAGGGCGAGACCACGAUCGCCGUCUCGUGGAAAGGCGGAGGAGAUAUCAAAGACGCGACUGUCACCGAUUGGACCCUCGAAACGCUCAAGAUUGUGGCCAUGGAGUUUCCGGAGCAUGUCAUGGCUUGCCCGAUGAGAACAAACGCCAUUCUCACCAAGUAUACGGGAUUGAAGAGCUUCUACCAGAAGGGUAUCAAAGGCUCUCCGCUCGAAUACGACAAUGCUGGGGUGUACUCUUCCGCGCUGCUUGACGCUUACAUGGAUUAUAAAAUUAUGUGGCGCAAUAUUCAACAAUCCGCGUGGGAAGUUGAACAGAAGCAGUCAGCCCUUUUCCCCAAAGACUCCAAUGACGAACUGGCGCAGAUGGGGCUCGAGGCCAAGACUUACUUCGAGAGGCAAAUGGAGAAAUACAAGGAGAAGAAAGCCCGGUUGGAACAGCUGGGCAUGCGAGAUCAGAGUGCCGCGUUUCCUGUCAACAACAGCCAGGGCGCUCUCCAGCCUGCGAACUCUGAGGAGAAUGAACAGGCACUUGUCACGACAACCUCGCAGCCCAUAUGUGUUGCGCCGCCCGUGCCAGCUCCUGCUGCAGCGGUUCCCUAUUCGCCUCCGGCGCUGGUCGAGCUCGAGUCACAGGAACCGCUUCCCCCGAACGACUUCGUCCCUUACACAGCCAGUUUGUUUGGUCUCGACAAGGCCCGGCGAGACUGCCGCUUCGAGAUGAUCAAGAUUGUACGCGAGGUCGAUGCGGUCGCAGACGACCCCAGAGUGGCCUGUGACCCAACCCGCGCCUACCAGUUCCUCAGCCCAGCCGUGUUCCGGAUGCUUCUCCCGACGGUCCGCAACUUUGACAAGGCACGUGCGGAGGCAGCCUUAGAAGAGACGAAACGCAUCCAGGCGCAGGCUGACCAAGCUGGACGCGGCGAUCAGAAAGGCUCUGAGAAGUAUCAGCAAGGGAGACAGGCUGUCGAUUCCGGCUCUCACAGGAGAAUGGAUUCCCGUGUAGGCAAUACCCGCAUGGGUGGGUCGCGCAAUCAGAACCAGACCUCCGAUGUGCGGCGCAGACAGCAGGGCCCCUCCGAUGAGCCAUGCGAACAAGAUCAGCCUUCUGAUGUGCGGCGCAGACCGCAGGGCUUCUCCAAUGGACAAUGCGAGCAGGACCAGUCUUCUGACGUGCAGUGCAGACAGCAGGGCUCCUCCGAUGGGCAAUUCGAGCAGGAUCAGUCUUCUGAGUGCGAACAGGGGCUCCCCUCCGACGAGCAAUGCAAAGAGGAGCAGUCUUCCGAUGAUCAGUAUAGGCAAGAGCCGCCCUCCGACGUGCAGCGUGGAGACGAGGACGUGCAGUGUGAUGACGAGGGAAUCCACAACGAGCCUUGCGAACAGGACGAAGCCCUUGACGAGGAAUGCAACAAUAGGGACUCGGCCAACUUUCAGUGCAGAGAAGAUCGACCCUCGGACAAGAACUACAAGAACGAGGACUCGACCGAUUCGCGGUGCGACCAAGAGUUGCCGCCCUCUGACGAGAACUGCAAGAACGAUGAGUCGAACGAUUCUCGACGCAAUUGGGAGUCGCCGUGUUCUGGCGAGCCAUGCGAAGAAGAGCAGGCAAGCAAAUCACAGUGCGAGACCGGCGGGCAUGCUGCAACCGGGGGAAACGAGUGGCAAGAUUCGCAGCAGAAUGACCGCAGUGAUGCACAAAGCGCGGUCAUCGAAGAUUGCAAUCGGGGCCCAGUCGACGCGAGCAACGUCAACCCGGCCAAUGGCAACGGCGCCGGUGUCGAUAACGGAUCGGCCGAUGCACAGAAUCGUGGAGUGUAUGCUGACAAGGGGAGCCAGCAGAGAUUCCCGGACUGUGUCGCUCCACCCCACAGUGAGCAAGAAUUUGAGGGACUCAAGCAAGAGCUCGCGGGUGCCAACGAAAAACUGCAAGAAGCCGAGCGCAUAACGGACCAGACGCGACGGGCCGUAGCUCCUCUAGAGACGCUGAGACAGCAGCUGAGUCCUUGGAACGGCUGGUGCCCGGUGCCCGUGCGCAGUCAUGUACGGUUCCGGAACGUGCAGACGAGGAAGUGCAUGGAUUUUUUCUGGAGCGACGGCCGUGGAGGCAUGGAUCUGUUCCAGCACGAGAUCAACACCGACUCGAACCAGCGGUUCGAGAUCUGUCCAGUGGGCCCCCGCGCCUUCUCGAUCCGUCACAUCGCAUCCGGGAAGUUCGUGACGACGGCGAACCAGGUGUCGUAUGGGGUUUACUUCACGAUGGGUGGCUUCCCGACCUUCUUCACCUUCGAGGCGAUGCUGCAGGACGGGAACUACACCGGGAUGUGCAUGGUCCACAUUGCCGAGAUGCCGGAGCACACCCUCAAUGUCGAGGGCGGGGGAACCAACGACGGCGCAAAGAUUAUUGGCUACACUGGCGAUAAGACUGACAACGACAAGUGGUACAUCAAGGACUUUGACGAUAUGAGCAUCUGAGCGUUCUAUUUAAUUAUUAUCGUACACCUCUCAUUAUCUAGUUUUAUCUUCUUGCGCUUUCCGUCUUGCAUAUCAGUAGUUAAAUCUAUCCCAUUCAAUCCAAUUCUAUCCUACCCGCCUUUCCUUCCCAGACGAAACCGACUGAAGUACGCAUAGCGCACAAGUUGCAUCGAAACCGAAGCGGCAAUGCGGUGCUCCAGGCGCGCGCGUCCUAUGCAGAUUAUCUGAUGCUUAACCGACUCUAUGAAUGAGAUGGAUGAUCAUCAUGCGAGUCCUCUGGGCGCGCAAUGUUCUCUCUUAUCCCCCUUUUUGCCGCCUGUGCUCUUGCCUCGCCGUCCGCCCUUCAGAAACGGGUAGCACCUGUCGUGGCCUCGACAACGAGCUACGGAAACUUGGUUGACACGGGUCUGAACCGGGAUUCAUGUUCUUCCGCGGCUUGGUGGCCAGGGACGGUCCUUUGGACUUGCCGUGACACCCAGAUUAUCUCGGCAGGAAUCGUACAGCUCAAGGUGGUCCCCAACACUGCCUCGUUUUCUGGGAUGCCCAGCAGCCCAAUUUCACUGCAGCCGCUGAAUCCGAUCUCCCCCACGCCCUUUGGGACGCCCUUCUACCCUCUGCAAUCCAACGAGUGUCCGCCACUCGGGAACUGCGGCAACGGCACCCGGUACGUGGGCUGGCCGGACACGGGCCCUGUGGUCGUCUUCGACUUCAACAACGGCGUGAAUGCGUACGCGGUCGUCGCUCGCCAGGCGCUCUCUGGGCUGAGCGUGCUCAACGCGCCGGACUACACCCUGUAUCACCUGCUCUCCACAUCGCAGACGACAGCGCUGCCCAGUGUGAGCAUCGAUGCUGAAUCGUUCUGGAGCGCGACCCAGAUCGGGUACGGCUCUGCUGCGAGUGUCGUUGCGAACGGAUAUGCGUAUAUGUAUGGAGCGACGCCGAGCAAAGCUCUAGCUGUCGCCCGCGCGAAGACGGAUGAGUUCCUCGGUGCGAUCGAUAGCAAGUCCAAAUAUGAGUACUUUGUGAACGGAGUUUGGACUGCUACGGCACCAUCGAUCAACACCCCGAACAUCGCUUUGGCCAAUACCCGCUCUGUUCAGGGCACUAUCUACUACUCGAAUAAGUGGCAGGCCUUUGUGUGGAUUGGCGGUGACGGAUUUCCCAAUGCAAAAUUCUAUGUCUCGACCGCUCCUGCUCCUGAAGGGCCUUGGACGGCGCCUCAACUUUUCUUUACUGGGGCCGUCGGUACUGGAGCACUGCCGGCUUAUUCUGCUGUCGCCCACCCCGCUCUGACAGAUGGCACUGGAAACUACAUAUUCAUCACUUGGACGAAGACGUCCCUGGACUCCGCUGGGUCUACAGUCUAUACCCAGCCUUUGGUUCGCGUCGACUGGCAGUAGCAGUAGAUUUAGUGCUCCUAGGAAUUCAAUUACUUAUCAUUUGGAUCCGGAUACUUUCUUCGAGACACGAAAAUCACCAUACCGCGUCGAUUACAUAAUCAGCCAUCACCUUUCUUCCUCUGCGAUUUCGAGGCGUGAAUGCUCUCCCUCCUGCUCGGCCUGCUAUCAUGCGGCCUGUCUGUCCUGGCUCUGCAGGAAUCGGACGCCGGUGUGAUCGACUGGCAUAGGCCCCUCAUCGGCCUCCCGCUCGCACCACCAAUAUUCCACCACGCAAAUGUGAACGGCACGACACAAAGCGUGCUGAUUGUGCCCACCGCGAGCAACGUCCUCGCGGCGCUCAACGCGACAGAUGGUUCUGUGGUAUGGCGACACGUAUUCGAUGCGGCGGACGGGCUGGCGACGAUGCGCGUGGCGGGCGACGCCGUAGCAGCUCUCUCCGGACCCGGGGCGUCUAACUUGAGGGUUUUCGAGGCGCUCACGGGGCUCUUGGUGAGCGAGAAGAGGGUCUCGGCGCCGGUGGAAGGGGCGCAGUCUGGUGUGGACAUCGCGUUCGAGCAGAGCAGCGGGGACUCGUUCGUCCUUAACACCAACUCGGUCUCGCGUUUCGGGACGAAGGAGUGGAAGAAUGCAGAAAAGCUGGGCGAAGCUGUAACGACCUACUCUCAACUAGUCCACCAACCCGAUGCACUCUACGCUGUCGGACAGUCUAACCAGGCGUUUUGUCUCUACCUGUCCUCGUACGAUCCAGAAACGGGUGCGCACAUCGAACAUACAUACAAGCACCUCCCACCCCGAGUCGAGUCGUUCCUCACGGCAGCCGACGUGGUCGUGUGGGUGGACCCCGUCACGCAAAGCCUCGGCUUUGUCCAACUGGUCCCGACGCUGAAGAACCCGAUCCGCACCGAGCGUCAGCUGAAGUGGAUCGCGGUGAUCGACGUCGACCUGGGCCGGUCCGGGAUGUUCGUCGGUGUGUUGGCGGAUGGGGCGGCCCGGGUGCUGAAGAUCAAGGAGGGCGGCGUGGUUGAGUCGGUGCAUGUUUUCCCUGCGAACGACGGGUCGGAGGCGAUGUUUGCGGGCGGUGUCAAUGCGGAGGGACACCCGUACGUCGUGCGCAUGUGGGAAUCCGCGUCCGGAGCAACGGCAGCCGAGAUUUACUCGGCCCAACUCGAGGGUUCAGUUGAAACAUCAUUCCUGGUGCCCGACUAUAAGUACGGAGAGGUGGUCAAGCUUGGAAUUGAUGGAUCGAAACUCGUCAUUGGCACGACGACCGGUGCCAUCCAGCUCUGGGACGCGGGCCAGCUGGUCUGGGCUCGCGAGGACGGUCUUUCUGGAAUCGAUGUUGCCGCAUUCGUCGAGCUGCCCUUGCCAGAGCGCGUCGCCCGAGCCGACAGCGGCGAGUCCUUUUUCUCUCGUCUGCAGAGGCAGAUUACUGAUGCCAAGGACUUCCCGCACUAUCUGGCUGCAUUCGCUCAGCGCUUUGUCACAGGCACACAGGAGGAAAUUGUUGUUUCUGCAGCGAACGGUGCGCUGGUUAGAGAUGCGUUUGGGUUCCAUCAGAUCCUCGUUGCGGCCACAGCCCACGGCUCAGUCUUUGGGUUGGAUUCGGCUACUGGGAAGAUCCUCUGGUCACGCGUCUUUGGGUUAGGCUGGGCUGGAGCUGGCGUUGGGGGCACGGUCCGUCCGCUCAAAAUAUAUCUCGUCGAGGGUGAAGCGGAGAGCAAAGCUGUGAUCAUCAUCGCCCAAAGGAAGGCUGCGAACGGACUCGUUGACACCGUGUUGUUCAAGAUCGACCCGCUUACGGGCGCGUCGAUGAUUGAUGUUGAGCAAGACUCUGAUCGGCUGCUCGAAGGGACGGAUGUUAUCUCUGGCCCGCUCACUGAGGCUUUCCGCUUGCCCAAUUCGGACAUCAUUAUGCUCAUCGACGAUUAUUUCCAGAUCAUUCCCUACCCAAAUACCGCGAAAAGCUCUGCGGCGAUCGCGAAGCUGGCUCCGAAGUUGUACAUGCCAUUCAUUGAAAAGUUUUCGGACGGUCCGCGGGUCGUCGGACACAGCCUGAAGCUCGAUCCAAAUAUGUCCGACAACUAUCUGGCGUUCCGCACGUGGGGUCUCGCUCUCCCACGGACGGAGACCCUGGCGGGGCUGGUCCGGCCACACGUCGGGCCCGUCGCCUCGCUGGGCAAAGUGCUCGGCAACCGGACGACGCUGUACAAGUACCUCAACCCGCGGAUGUUCGUUGUUCUGACGCAGGACAACGCUGCUGACGAGGCUGCCGGGUGUGGGCUCCGUGUCGUCGAUGGGGCGAAGGGCAGCGUUGUCUAUGAGGCUGUGUUGCCCCGGGGCGAAGGCGGGCUGUGCGACGUGCGGGCGACGCUGGUCGAGAACUGGCUGGUAUAUCAUUACUACGAUGCGCAAGUCGUCGCGCAAGGCGACACCAAGGGAUGGCGGGUGGUGACUGUCGAGCUGUACGAAGGCCUGCUGGAUGAAAAGACACAGAGCUCUGACAUGUCUGCUUUCUCCGCCGACGUCAUGAAGGUCGAGCCGUUGGAACAGGCAUACGUCUUCUUCCACGGGAUAUCCGCCAUCGGCACCACGUCGACCAAGUUUGGUAUUACGAGCAAAGACAUCAUCGUCGCCACCCACAACCACAAAAUUCAGGCGAUCCCGCGCCGGCUGCUGAAUCCCCGGCGACCGAAGAACCGUGCGCCGACUGCCGAGGAGCAGCAGGAGGAGCAGCUGAUCCCGUACGACGUGCUGCUGCCCGAAGACCCCCGCCGGACGAUCUCGCACAACUACGACGUCGCGGGCAUCCGGCACAUCAUCAGCGCGCCGGCGCUGCUCGAGUCGACCUCGCUCGUGUUCGCGUAUGGGCUCGAUCUGUUUCUGACGCGCGUCGCGCCGUCGAGCACGUUUGAUAUCCUGAGCGAGAGCUUCAAUAAGGUGCAGCUUGUGCUGACAGUGUUUGGGCUCGGUGUGGGCAUUGCCAUUGCGAAGCCGAUGAUGCGGCGGAAGAUGUUGCGGGAAAAGUGGUAUCAGAAGUAG